AUGGAGAUUAAAGGCAAGGGCGGGGGAUUGAUAGAAAGAGCAACUGUGAACACAGGAGUUAUUCCAGCCAGUAAACCAUUUGCUGAUUACCACCGGUUGCUAGCUCCCAGAGAGAAAUAUGAAGUUAUUGCGACAAUGCCUGGAUACAGAUCGAAGAGCGCCUGUAUUGUACUAGGAGAAGCAGCAAUGACGAUAGAUUUCGUUCUUGAUGUUCUUGAUCCUGAAACCACUAAUCCGGGCAGUCAACUGUUAGUCGACUCCGAUUGUUACUUCGAGAACAAGACAAGUCUUAAAGUUCUUGAGCUUCUUCCAAGGGCACAUUUAGAACUUUCUAUAAUCUUGAUUUUAAUUUUGAUAUUUCUUUGCUUCUUAAUGAACAGGAAAGUAAUAUCAAAUUCUCUAUACCAAAGACAAAGCAUAGGGCCAAAACGGCCGGCUGUUAUAUGA